AUGGCUCUUGAAACCGGACCCGGUAUCGCCCACGCGAUUCAGACGAAGAAUCCAUCGUUCGGGUCAAACGAGCCCGAGUCCUACCAACAGACCGUCGAGAAGAUCGAUCUGCUGGCCGGGGGUUCUCUAGGAAAUCGACCACAAAUGGCCGAGGCGAUCGUUCACGGGACGGGCUUUGGGCCCUUUUGCACUGGGGGGCUGUUCUCUUCCUUUUGA